CUUGGGAUAAAUGGUCCUGGAGGUGGGUCAAACGUGCCCUAGGUGAAUUGGCCAGGCCCCCCACCUCCACAGCUAGUCUGUGUGAUAUGGCAGUAACACAUCUCUUCUUGUGUCCCACAGCAUUUGAAAAUAGGGCCCUGGGAUCUGGCUGGCUCAGUGGGAAAAGAAGGAGUCCCCUGCAGAUGCUCUAUGACCUGGACAAGGGCCCUCCAUCCCCACUGGCGGAGAUGCACCGGCAGCGACGCGACUCGCUGCGCAGGGCCUGUGAGCGCCACACGCGGCGGCAGCGCCUGCUGCAGCCAGAGGACCUGCGGCACGUGCUGGUGGACGACACGCACGGCCUACUGUACUGCUAUGUGCCCAAAGUGGCAUGCACCAACUGGAAGCGCGUACUGCUAGCGCUGAGGGGUCACGCCCGCGGCGACCCGAGCGCUAUCCCCGCGCACGAGGCGCAUGCGCCCGGCCGCCUGCCCUCGCUGGCCGACUUCAGCACUGCGGAGGUGAACCGUCGCCUGCGCGCCUACCUGGCCUUCCUCUUUGUGCGCGAGCCCUUCGAGCGGCUGGCGUCGGCCUACCGCAACAAGUUCACGCGGCCCUACCACGCGGCGUUCCAGAAGCGCUUUGGCACGCGCAUCGUGCGCCGCCUGCGGCCCAGUGCGCACCCUGACGCGCUGGCCCGCGGCCACGACGUGCGCUUCGCUGAGUUCCUGGCCUACCUGCUGGACCCGCGCACCCAGCGCGAGGAGCCCUUCAACGAGCACUGGGAGCGUGCCCACGCGCUCUGCCACCCGUGCCGCCUGCGCUACGAUGUGGUGGGCAAGUUCGAGACGCUAGCGGAGGACUCCGCUUUCGUGCUAGGCCUGGCGGGCGCGCCGGGGCUGCGCUUCCCCGCUCCGCCCCCAAGGGCCCAGGCGGCUGCCGCACGGGACCGUGCGGCCCGCCUCUUCCGGGACAUCAGCCCUUUCUACCAGCGGCGUCUCUUCAACCUCUACAAGAUGGACUUCCUCCUCUUCAACUACUCCGCCCCCUCCUACCUGCGGCUGCACUAG